UCCCUCCUCGCCCUCCCCCCCGAACUCCUCCUCUCCAUCGCCGCCCACCUCCCCCCCGACGCCAUCCUCUCCCUCAAACUCACCCACCCGGCCCUCAACAACACCUUCCCUCCCCUCCGCAAAUCCACCCCGCUGACCCGCUGCGCCCGCCUCGCCUGCCUCGCCUACCUCCAGCGCCCCUCCCCGACAAACCUCAUCCGCUGCGUCCUCUGCAAGGCGACCUACCCCGCCUCCCUCUUCAACUCCGCCGCCAGCCCCACCUGCCUCCCCGCGCCCUACUCCGCGUCCACCGGCGGCCGCCGCACAGAAGUCGUCGAGCUGCCCGCCCGUUUCUGCGCCUGGCAC